GUCAGCUCUGAUGACGAAGCUCCUGUCAAAGCUUCUAAAAAGGUGCAUGCAGACAUCGCCACAGACACUCUUGUUGUGACGUACUCAUGGGGUCUGACGUUGACAAGACCGUAUUCAAAACUCAAGCACCGUCGUUUCGACUGCAUCAAAGUAGCGGUACUUCAUUAUUAUUACGUAGACCCAGAGAUGGAGCUGGUCGUUCCCACUCUACAGGUGGAUCACACUGCAUUUGGCAUGGGGCGCUUGUGUCAAUUUACUGCGCAACAGCCCCCAUGUUCCUACUUGCCUUUCUAUCACAUGAUCGUGAUCGAUCUCAACGCUUUCCGCCUGGAUUCGGCGUGGACGCCGAAGGACCACAUUUUCGAAAAUGUUUAAGCCUGGCUUCUGGAGACCAGGGGAAGACCGUUGUCCGAGUCCGAAGACGAGGAACAUGAUGAAUAUUUCGAUCCAGAAGAGAAUGACCGGAUUUGGGAUAUGUGGAUGGACGCAACCACGGUGUACACGAUCCGAACGCAAUCG